UUCUACAUUUGACUUGAUUUGUAAAAAGUUUUGUGAAAUCCUGUAAUUUUUUCGCCAUUCGUUUUGCUGUAGUGAAACAAGUGACUUUGCAAGUGCGCAAUUUCGUCGCGAUAUUGAAUAACCAGCGGUCCGUCCGUGUUUUUAUUUCCACGUUUUGUAAAGGCUCAACUACGAUUAUCCAAGAUGACCAAGUUAUUACAACAAUUUAAUUUUAGUAGUAGUAAUUAUUAUGACGUCGCGACUACCAUUUUAGAACCCGAGUCACCCCAGCUCAAGAAGUUCUAUGGCGACGGCGCGUCUCUGAGCGCGGCCGGCAGCAAGCGGUCGGCUUUGUCGGCUUCGGACGCCGAGUGUUUUUCGCUCUGCCUGGGUGCCGGGCCUCUGUGGUGGUCCGAUGUCCCUGCUCACGGCUCAGCACCGCCCGGAGGGGUGAGCAGCGGGGUCGCGACCCCUGCGACCCCGUCCACCCCCAUCCACGACGACAACAACCGUGACUUGUUGAGCGCCCUGCUAUGGGCCAGCGCCAGUUCUCUGAGCAGCAGCGCCGAAAGCCUCGCCACCGAGGCCGCGCAGACCCACCCUGCUCUACACCCUGAACAACGGGAAGCGGUAAUCAGCAAGAUCCUCGAGCGCAAAGAUCGCCAACCAGUGAAGAUUGACUUCAAGAUCUUCCUCACCGAGAAUACUCUCACUCGCUGGGAGGCUGUGGUAAAAGGUGGUACCAUCUAUCUGCGCGUGCCAGGCAUCCUGCAGUCUGGUAGCAAGGAGAGCUUCAUGCUUCUCUUGGACUUCGCUGAGGAGCGUCUCGGCUGCACCAACUGUAUCAUCUGCGUGCUCAAGAACCGCUCCGACCGCGCCACCCUUCUCCGCACCUUCAUGUUCAUGGGAUUCCAGCUGUUACCGCCCAACUCACCGCUCAUGCAAGAGAUAAACAACCCGGAAUACAUCUUCUUGCACUACAACAUGAAUUAACUGUCUUCGGUCUUGCCAGAUAACGAAUUUGUACCAUUAUAGUAGCUUUUUCGACACAUCGCCACACUUUUUAAUCAUUUCAUCGAAAAAAUAUCUUUUUAGUUUCGUUUUAGAAAAAAAAAAUUCUCAUGUUAGCAACACUAGUGGUAGUUUUUAAAAUUCAGUGUCAACACAACACGCAAUUAAUCUGGUGUUGCCAACGAAUUCCUACCGUUAUAGUAGCUUUUUUGACGCUCUUCCUUGUCAUUUUAUGAAAAAGAAGAAAAAGAUUAUUUCUCUCGUAUUUAGAAAAGCUAGUGGUAGUUUUUUGGUGUCGCCGAAGACAGUAAACGUAUAUUGAAACGAUAUUAAUUCAUUUUUGACGUUUGCUUUAUGAAAAAAAAAAAAAUUAAAUUUGUGAAACCGACCAACGCCAAAAUACGUCACUUAGAGGUAUGUAACCUUAAAUUUUAAUAAUCGUUUCAAUAUUCGAAUGACAGCAUUUUUUUUUUGGUAUAGAUAAAGUUUUUCAAAGCUGUCUCAAGUGUAUUAUAAAAAAAAUAACAGUAUUCCAUUGCACUUUUUUCAUGUAAAAUCACUCGCUUGCAUAGUGGUAAGGCGCAAAAAUAAGUCGCGUUAUUAGUAUUUAGAUUUAGUAUAUUAUCAUUGUAGAAACUUGGAUUUCGUUUGAUUUUUAGUAGUAUUUUUUUUUAUGUAUAGCAACACUUUGACUAUCAAAAAGCUUGAAUCCAUACCUCUGAAUUCUAUUACAAAACAUCAUCUUCAAAGACAAGAUUUCAGAGCCAAAAAUCAAAAAAAAAAAUUACUUUGUAAAAAAGGCUAGAAUCCAGCUCCAAUAAUAAUUAAAAAAAAAAUACCAUAACAUAGACUAAUCAAAUGAAAUUUAAGUUGGUACUUGGUAGUGAUUUUUAUUUCUACAAUUUCAGCUUUGAAGUCAUACCUAAUUUUUCGUGUAACUUUUUGCGUAUCAAAACUGAUAUCGUAGAAAUAUAUUAUAAUUUUCAUCAUUUUUUCUCUUUUAACUUUACUUAGUUAUAUUAUUAUUGUACCUAUCAUCGGAAAGUAUAUGUCGUCGUGUAUGUCAAUAUGUUUACCCACUCCGGGGUAGAGCCCGAAAAUUUAAAAAAAAAACAAAAAAAAAACAAAAAUGACAAAAAAAAUCUUAGUUUAAUAUUAUUAUACGGUUCCCAUCUACGUACUAUAUAUUAUAAAAAAAAAAAAACAAGUUUUUUUCACGUACGUUCGCCGAUACUUUUCUGAAAAAAAAAAAACUCCACACCAUUUUAAAACAUCUUAGCAAUAGCUACUGCAUUUUUUAUAGUAGCAUUUUUUUUUUCAUACGCGUUCGUACGUAAUUUUUUCACUAUUCACCUAAUUUUUGUAAAAUAUUCACCAUAUUUUGGAAAUUUAGGGUCGUUUACACACGAAUUUGGACGCAAUUUAAAAAAAUAUAUACAAACACGCCAGUGUUUCUACUCGAUGUGUACACGGCCUAACACUGUGACGUAACACCUAAAAAAUCUAUAAAUAACCUAGAUCGUAAGUGGUUUGUGUUUUUUUUAAUUCCUUUAUUUCAUUUUGUAUUAUUGUAAAAAAAAAACGCUUUAUUUUAUGUUUGGAAAUACAAUUAAAAUUGAUAAAACAAUUGCAGGCUGCAUGGUCUACGACCUUUGCCUUUCCUGAAGGAGAUAAAAAAUAAAAUUAAAAAAAUUGCGCCAUAUUUUGACCUUGAAUUUUUAUUGGCUCCAGAAAAACGAACAUAAAGUAAGGCGUUACUUUAAUCUUUUAAGUAAUCUUACUUUACUGUAUUCUAGUAACGGUUACUCAUUAGGUUUUAUUUUAAGUAUAGAUUUAUUUUCACAUAGGCCCCCAUAAUGCCAUAGAAUAAAAUAAUGCGACUAGAAAUUAACAACUUUUCCAACAGUUUAAUGCCUAACAUUCACACCCAAAAUAGAUUUAAAUUGACAAUUUAAAGGUCCUUUUCCAUCCCCAUUUUUCAUCCAUGAAAAGAAUUGCUUGAUUUUUUAAUUCUGUCAAUUUUAUCAUACCCAUAUUUAAAAAAAAAAACUACUACAUAAUUUGAUUAUUUAGAAAAAUUAAGAAAUUGAGUGAAAAUAUGUUAAUGUAAUACUUAUAAUAAUUUACUUUAUACUUGUAAUAAUUUUAUGUACACAUCGAAGUUCAAAGUAGGAUUAAAUUCAAAAAGGAACCCCUCUUCUCUUCUCAGACUUGGGCGCGUUUUGAACCCUCGUAGCUUUAGUUUUAAGUUACGUAAUUAAUUAUCACCACUAUAUCGUACAAUAACAAUUUCGACCAUCAAAAAGAGUACAAUUGUACCUACUUUGAAUAAAUGAUUUUGACUUUGACUUAAAAUGAUUAUAUCUACCCUAAUAUAGGUACUGGUCAAAUUGUUUCUUCUAUGACAGAAUCCAAUGCAAUUCCCAUUGCAGUACGUUUUGGUUGAGUAUUACUUUAUUUCUCGGGGCCUUGUGAAUAGUUUUAGUUUAUAAGUUUAAUGUAAUAAAUAUUGGACAAGCUAUUAAAAAUAAUAUUAAUCA